CCAGCGCGCCAGGGGUAAAGGGUAAGCUCAGCGCUUGCAUUGUCCCCCAAGGAGCCAAUGGGAGGCUGGCGGUAACUGUAUCAACACUCUUCGGUUUCACUACCGGCAAGGCAGCGCCCAAUGGCGGCGCAGCAACCCGCAGGGAGAGGCAUCACGGCGGAGCAAUAGGACGUGGGGCCCUGCAAUAGCACUGUAUCCUUUCUCGAGUGCCGGCUGGGCUUCGCGCAGGUGUGCCGUGAUAGAGGUGCGGCGUGGCCGGUCCUGUCAGUAUCCAUUGGGGAUGUGGGUGCAUGUACUUGGGGCUUCCGGCUUUGGGGUUGGCCAGGAAGCCCGACCGCUGCUGGUGUGCGUCUAAGUUCCUGUAUUGUCCUGAGUAUGUAAAUACGAUGUGCCUCGGCGCUUCACAUUGUCUCCCCCCAGCGGCCGUUGCCCUUUUUUUCCCCUUCCUUGUCUGCCUCUUGACCUGGGGCAGCUUGUGCUUUUGUGCUACUUGACCGCUUGAAGCGGCUUCACGGAUACCUCGCUGCCUCUGUCUCACUACAUCAAGAGCAUUCCACUCGACAGUCUCACCCCAACAACACUACCAAGUAGUUUCGACCACGCCCCGCCCACCAUGUCGACGACCUCUAGCCACGCAUUCCCUCUCGCGACAGAGACUUCGAUACCCGACGACACCCUCGGAGGCGAUGCCGCCGGAGCCUCUGGCAGUGCCAAGGGGGCCUUGGAGAUCACGCAGGGCGGGAUGAUCGCCAUCAUCGUCAUCGUCUCCGUCGUCGCAGUUUUCGGCAUUGCUUCGUCGGUACUCUUCUACCUCGCAAAGAAGAGAGAAUGGAAGGUCCGCGAGACCAUUCGAAAGUCGGCCAAGAGGGUGGUGACGGCCUUGACCCCACGGCGCUCCGAGUUCCCAAAGUCUGCCAAAGAAUCACGGUCGGGCCGUCUCAGGCUCGACGACGUGCCGCCGACACCACGCCUGAGGCCUGAGGACCUCGAGAAGGGCCUCGCGCCAUCAGGCCCGAGGCUGAGCUCCCCACCCAGGGGAAAGAAGAGCAACUUCAGCAGGAAGUGAUGGCUGCAUCCCUCCCAGCGGUGGUCUCCUGGUGACAAUUGAUGACUGUUUGAUUUUGGGGUUGCGCCUCCGCCGGUGGAAGAUUUGGGGCUUGGCCCCUGCAAGCGAUUCGGGCAGGUGGUCAGGCGUGUAUUUCUACGUAAUAUAAAAUGGGCAAGCUUGGGUGCGGGUUCUGGCGUAUUAUAGCUUUCUGAAUGUGUUUGCACUGGCACUCCGCCUCGACCCAGAGGGUUUGGGCCGAAUAGCCACUUGCUCUCUCUCCUG